AUGCUCGCGCUGUGCAGAAGCACCGACAGCGACCACAGUGAAGCAGAUGCCGCAGUACCGAACCAAUGCACGCAUUGCGGCAAAUGUACUGACAUAUUGGCAGAGUACUUCAUAGGCGGCACGUGCUGCGCCGUACGUGCCCGCCUGCAGGAGGACGGCGCUCUUACAGAAAGGCACUUCAAUAUCGCAGCAGCAGACAGGAGGGGCACUCACGCUAAGCCGGAUCCUGACUGCGGAGCACUUGACUACUACAACGAGCAACAGCCGAACUAUGGAACCUAUGCAACCGUUGUGGCACUGAUACCGCAUACUAGCGCAUUUGGAACUGUGGACUUCAGGAGGCUUCUAGCGCCACUGAGAUCGCCGAAGAUUGUAGUACCGGGGGUCAUUGAGGCCGCCCGUGAACUGUUGAACGUCUGUGCCAGGGGGGAGCGCGCGCCCGUGCUCAUGCUACACGGAGACAAGAGCGCUGGAAAGUCGACUGCCGUCGUCUAUAUCGUAAACUACCUGCUCAACCAUCUCGACACGGUGGCGCUGCUGGACACGGAUGUUGGCCAGCCCAUUUUCGCACCACCCGGAACAAUAUCUCUCAAGUUCGUUACCGAGACCAUAAAUGCACCUCCACAUGCGCUUCUGGCUGGACAGCGGCCGGAUGUAGUGUACCUCCUAGGAGAUGUAAAGGUGACACGCCCUGAAAUGCUGCUGAGGCACGUCCACCGCUGCUUCGAAAUAUACACCAACGCGGUGGAAGACGACCGCAGCGUGCCACUUAUAAUCAACACUUUCGGGUGGAUAUCAGGUAUGGGCGCAAAGAUUCUGGAGGGAAUAGCGGGGAUAGCCAAAACCUCCGUGAUGCUAAAACUCAACUUGAAACACCCGAACUCGGUGUCCCUUUACCCGGUGUCGACGCACGGUGAACUGGAAAGCGCUAUACGUAACAGCCUGAACGUCGAAUCUGACCCUUCAGAAACAGCAGAGAAUGCGCAAAACCAGGCUGUUACAAUGUAUAAAAAGGUGGUCGAGGAGUGCGGGGCCAUGCUGCCGUGGGAUAAAACGGGUUCGGUAGUCAUUGAGGCUCUGUCGCAUUCGAUCGCAAAGUCCCUUGCCAUUGAAAUGGUUGAGCAGUUCAGAGGCAAUUAUAGGGAGUAUCCAUAUUGCGGCCUAAGCGCAUGGCAGCACCUGCGGCGCGGCCGCGGCGAAACGAAGGCGGAUCCCACACCAAACGACUUGCGGUGGCUUAGAGCCUGUGCAAUGAUCAACCCAACCUUCGGAGACGCUAUGCACUUCCCACAGCUGCAUCAAGAGGAAUUCUUCGGGGCUGUGAAAACAACGGCCUUCCGCAGGUACGUGCGCUACCCCAAGUUGUUCCACUCCCCCAAACAACUUCGGAUAAUGGCGGAAAAAUACACCUUCGUGGUGCAAAUCAACACGCCGUUGGAGAAGAUGGAAGAGGUGUGCCCGGCUGUAGCCGGUAGCAUUAUUGCGCUUUGCCGUGGAAAGUGUGAUAACGUGUUUAGCAACGAAAUCGGAGGCGAUUGGGAGUUCAUCACCUAUGUCUACGUACACUAUUUGAAUGCGGAGGACAUGACGAUGCUCGUAUCGCACUCUGCAAUCGACGAUCCGGCGCAGAUUUGCCGAGCCAAUAUCGCCGUUUUGUGCCAGACCGUGGGAUUGGAAGUCGUUCCUACUAGACUCUGCCCUAUGGCCAAGCUCCGCAGCAUAGAAGGCGACGCAGAGCGCAUGGAUGUGCUGUGGAAGUCGAGGGAAUUGUCGACGUCGCAGGUAGGUGUACACCUGGACACGGCAGACGCACGCAGUUUGUGCCCUUCCGAAGAAACAGCCUCCUACACAUGGUCAACACACAAGGAGCCGGAAACUCGGCUGGAAAUUCGCGUAAAAACAUCAAAAGACACCGUCAAGAACCGCGGACGGACAAGAGGUGUGUCGAGCCAGCGCCCGGUGACGAUGGAAGGCGUCACCUUAGGCGAUUCGCCGAGGAUGGCGUCGCCGCUACACCGCGAGAAGGCAGCUGAUACGCAGAGGAGUUUACACGAGAACUCGGCCACUAGCUUGCCGGACUCACCCAUCGUAUUAGGCAAGCCAGCCGACGAGUUAGCGCUUGUCCUGAGGACCGUGGAGCAGGACCCGGAUCGGCGCGAGACCCAUCUUGAGGAACCGCAAUUCCGGAGGAAGGCAACGGACAACCGCUGUUACAUCCCCAACGGUUUGUCGAGCCAGCUAUUCAUGCCGCUGUGGAUGGCAGUAUUCCGCCACAAGAAACUUCAGAAAAAGACCGUAGUUGCAACUGAUGUUGAAAGACUGUGCAUCGCCCUGCUAUGCGCGUCCAAAGCCGAAGACCGCCCCUUCCUCACUGUUGGCUGCCAUGUCAAAGGGUUGUGUAUCAUAUUAUCGCACAAGCUGGAGUUCCUGGCCGAGGACUGCAACCAGCUCAGCAAGAAGCUGCUAAUGUCUACCGCUGUGCUGGCGAUUGCAGCGCGGCCCAAGCAGCGAAAAUCGUAUCGAGAAGGCGACGAGGACUACCAGCUGCCGAAGCGCAAGCGCCAAUCCGCCAAGACGAGGAAACAGAAAAAACAAAUGCUCGCGUUAGAGGACUACUUUGAAACCGGCUACAAGGCGCGUAAUGAUGUAUAUGAUGAAUAUUCGGACAGUGUCCACACCGAGGAGGGCGGCGACAUGGGAAAUCCUGAGAGGCAUGACAUUGCGGUGGACCAAAUUGAGGUGUUACAGCUCAUGAACUUCGGGAUCGGGCUCGGCAUGGGGACCGACCUGGCGUUCUACUCGGCUGACAGCCCCAACAGAGGUCGAGACAUAAGCUACCAUAAUUUCGAGCACGGAUUGAUGGCCAGGCAUCGACCAUCCUUGGAAUCGCUCCAGCAACGCAGGGAGACUAUAAACCCGGACACAUUCCUCGAUCUGCAGUCGCUCAGCUCACCAUUCAAACUGAACGGGUACGCGUACACGCCGCGAAACAGGUUCAGUCAAGACGCGUCGGACGCCGACACCACCAUUGCAAGCACAGAACUUACCCUGCAGUCAGAAAGUGUAACUCUGAGCACCCCGGACUUCGGAAGGUACGAUCUGGAUUGGGACAUUUACAACGACCCGUUCGAAAAUGAGCAAGAGGAACGCGACCAGCAAUCGGUGUCAAACGAAAGUCGCAUAGGGGCUGAACUGGUCCCAACAAUUAACAGAACCAGGCGUAUGGUGUUGGAGCACGCGGAGCCCAACGGAAAACCGGUCCACCUGGUCAAAUCGAAAAGCGUCGCAAGAUACGAUACCAAAGUCACUAGCAGGACCCCCAAGACGCCCAGGAAAGUCAGAAUUGCGAAGGAACAGACUACGCUUGACACCUUCGCUGUCUCGGCUCAGCCCAUUUGUGACAAAACACAAUGGUUCAACUCGGCCAUAGACUCGCUGGUGAGGUCGGUCAUGGGGUGCAUGCCUGAGGCCGGCGAAGCGGGGGUCCAGAAGCCCGACUCAGAGGCAAGAGGGAAAGAAAGCAGUGCCGCUCUACCCGUCGUAAAGCCACCAUCCACAAAACAAGGCGACAGGUGGUUUAAAAACGUGGAAAGGGAAGUGAGCAAGGCGAAACGGGUCCAGUCACCUCGGCAUGCAUUCGACUCCGAGAUGGUGAGCACCGUGCAGCUCAUCGAAGGCUUCCGUACGUGCGUACGCCAGAGGGAGGAUGCGUCUGAACCCAUUCAGCUCGAAGAAGUGCUACAGGGACGGUCUAAAGAAAGCGCGGCGUUGCUGUUCUACCGAACGCUCGUACUAGCCAAUGCGCAAUUCGUGGCGCUGUCGCAGCCAGCGGUACCGGGAGCUGCAAUCGCCGUGACACCUGCGCGACGCUUCUGGGAACCCAUACAGACGAGCAGAGACUUGAAAGCCUAG